AUGUCUCGCCCACUAACCUUCGGAAUUGAGAUAGAAUUUGCGCUGGCCGCAAUACCCAAGGGUAAGGAGAACCCAUGUCCAGAGCUUGAAGACGAGAUUAGGGGCCGCAUCACAAACUUUGAACUCAACGAAUGGGAUGAUAGGUUCGGACUAAUGAGAAGAUCAGUCGAAAGCCAUGUCGCUGCCACUAUCAGGGCAGCCGGGUUUCCUUGCGACCCCUAUUCUCCUGAUAUGGGGGACGCCACCAAGUGGGAAGUGACAACAGACCCGACGAUCAAAGUCCCAACGAAUGGGCUCAGAUGGUUCGGGAUCGAGAUCAGAAGCCCCGCGUAUUACUUCUGUAGCGAGAGUUUGUAUGCCGUGGCGGAAGUCCUCGACUUGCUCAAAUCCACGUACUGCAUCCAUAUAGAUGGGAAUUCUUGCGGCUUACACGUGCAUGUAGGAAACGAGAAUAGGAAUUUCACUUUCCAGCAUGUGAGAAAUCUGCACGCCUUUCUCUUUGCGUUCGAUAGUCAGAUUUCAUCGCUCCAUCCCCCGUAUCGACAGAAUCGCUAUUGGCUCAAAAGCCCUCGGGCGCUGUUCCAUUGGGGACUUGGUGGACAACGCCCCCCGACUACGAAAGAAGGUAUCUUGAGAUACUUGCAAGCAACUGACUUCAGACAAUUGAAACAGCUAGGAGCCCCGCAUAUAGGGACAAGCGCGGUAAACUUCUUUCACGUCUUCGAAGGCAUGGGGGAAGGUAGAGACACAAAGAGGACUGUCGAGUUUCGCCAGCACGAAGCAUCACUUAAAGGCGCGACUGUUAUAAAUUGGAUCAAGACGGUCGUCGGUAUCGUGGAGUAUACACGUACCAUACAUCCAGAUGCUUUCAUUGAGCUGCUGGCCAUGUCGGUGGAAUCUGAGGACGUGAAAGACGAAGGAAAACCCAUCCUUGCCGAAGAGGGAUUUACCAUCGUUGACCUACUAAGAGCCAUUGGACAAUUAGGACCGGCAAGAUUCUACAAAGAUAGAGGAAUCUUCCGAAACAGGCCAGUUUAUUCGGUAGAUCAGCCGUAUGAGCUCAAGUGGGAUACGACUCCUGGGUAUGAUUGUAUAUAUAGAUAG